GACGUGUAAGUCAUCAAUGCCAACUUCAACAUGAGGCCUCUGCUCCUCAACACUUUUCGUCGGGGAUUUGCAACUCAGAAUGCAUCCUCAUCGGUAGAGACAGGAAUCGCCAAGAUCCUGCACACCAGCAAGGAGAUCCCAGACCACCUCUCCCCGACGCCCUCCCAUCUCCUCAACCUCCUGUUCGCCGACAUCUUCACCUCGUCCGCCGACAAUCCACCAAAGUACCCAUCAUCCUCCGGGCCUGCGAAUCCGUUGCCGCAAGGCCACCAUCUAGCCUAUUUCCCCCUCCAAUCGCCGCCCUCAUGGCUGAUGCCGGACGGCACUGACCCAGACCACUGCCCCGGCGCACCGUUCACGCGCCGACUCUGGGCGGGCGGCGAGGUCCGGUUCCGAGAGGGCUGGGAGAAUGAGCUCCGUCUUGAUGGGCGCCGGGUCGGCUGUGUCGAGAGCGUGGAGGAUGUGAGGGCCGAGAAGGGCCGGGUGUGGGUCGAGUUGUGGCGGCGGUAUGGGGCCUCUCCUGCUGCUGGUCGUGGUGAGAGCGGACCGGCGGUUGAGGAGAGGAGGACGUUGGCUUUCCUUCCUGAUGUUGAUGUUCCUGCCCCGGCGCGGCGGAAUUUGAAAGCACCGCAUAAGCCAACAGCGUCUCUCACUCUGACGCCGACGCGGAACCUCCUCACCAACUUCAGCGCGCUGACGUACAACGCGCACGCGAUCCAUCUAGACCCGGCGUGGGCCGCGCAAGAGGGCCAUCCCGCGACGCUGGUCCACGGGCCUCUAUCGCUGGCUCUGGUACUCGCGUUCUUAAACAGGCAGGGCAAAGGGCAGAGCGUGCGCUGGUACGGGUACCGGAACCUGGCGCCGCUGUACUGCGGUCGGGAGAUGACGCUUUGCCUGCGGGAGAAGGAGGCGAGUGAAGGGGAGAGGAAAUGGGAUGUUUGGAUUGAGGGUGAUGAUGGAGGGAUGGCGGUUAAGGGGACUGCUACGACCGUUGAUGGUGUGUGAUGUUGAGGAUCGGCGUGGACUCAUGCUGAAGCAUUUCAAGCGAUGCGUGUGCAGAUAAUUAUUUUUAAGAAAGUAACUAAGAGUACAUUAUUGAAUGAAAACCAG